GCUGAGACGGUGGAGGUGGUGGACGCUGAGACGGUGGAGGUGGUGGACGCUGAGAUGGUGGAGGUGGUGGACGCUGGCCGGGGUGUCCUUCCGGAGAUGCCCGCGUUGGCCACCUCAGCGGUGUCCGCAGUGGAUCCGCUGGACGAGACGCAACUGCCUGCCGUGCGUGAAAACGGGGACGGCGAGGCCGUCCCGGAGGCCGCUCCCGCUCCGGCUCUUCCACGCAGCCAGCGCGUGUCCCAGAUCCGGAUCCGCAAGACGCCGGUCCGCUCCGGGACUUCCCUCACUCCCAUGGGCCUCCCCAAGGCCAAACGGUGAGGUCUGGGGCGCCGAAAUUCUCAUCUCUCUCUGUUGCCGUUAACAGACUCCCCCCACUACUUCACGUUCUGUAGACGUAGAUGCCACUGGUUCUUCACGUUCUGUAGAUGUAGAUGCCACUGGUUCUUCACGUU